UUCAGCUAUCAAACCGAUCAGGAAAGAAAAGCUACCAACCCGCCACAAUAAUUUCCUUUAACCCAGAGCGUACCAAAUUUUUAGUCCAGCUUUCAGGCACCACCACGCAAUCUUGCCAUAAUGUUACGCGUUCUGUUUUGCGACCUCCAAUGCCAGCAAAAACUACCUGGAAUAUCAAUGAUCAGUGUGAAGUUCGAAAUACAGUUAACAAUGAAUGGUACCCCGGCAAAGUACUUACUGAAAUUUCAGUAGAUGGUUACUUAGAUGUCGAAGUUGCAAUUGAAACUGUUGGAGAAGUUCAGCCGAUUGUAUGGAAAUUACUGCUUAGUGAUAUUCGUUCUGCAUAUGAUGAAAACCAACAUUGGACUUGGCAUCUUACCAUCAACCCUGUAACUAGUAAAACAUGGUUUUUUUUGAACGAUCCAACCCAUGUAUUCAAGAAGUUAAGAAACAAUGUUUCCAAAAGUCACACUAGUAAUG